UGCGCGUUUUGUUACGAAAGUAUUUGCACCACUAACUGAAGUGAUGCUUCACAAAGCCCGUUGUGUCCUCUCAAGGGUCGCGGAAACUGGUGCGCAGCAACAACAGCAACCUGGUUUUCUCGUUGCCAUCGGAUUGUAUUCAGAGUUACCUGCCUUAUGGCCGGUACCACUUCCUCCGUGCCUUCCAAAAAACCAAGGCAAGCACACGUUAGUGUUGGACAUCGACGAAACUCUAAUACACACCUUUGGAAUGGCUCAUCAUAAGCCCAACUUGAGCUCUGAGGCAGUGAGUCAUGUCAAACUAGUGGACUACCACAUCCUUACUCGGCCUCACCUGAAGGAAUUCCUGCUUGAAGUCAAUGAACUCUUCGAAGUAGUCUUUUGGACGGCCGGCACAGCGUCUUACUGUAGUGCCGUCAUGGACGCAUUGGAGACGCAAGUGCUGCAGCUACCACCAUCAUUUUACAACUACAAGAAACUACUCCAUGGUGUAGAGAAUUCUAGCAAAGGUGGAACGGAUCAUGUAAACUUUUACUCAUUAUCGCGCACCCAAACAUUGGAAAAUCAUGGCUACAUGAAGUACCUGCCCAUGCUCGGGAGGCCAAUCAAUCGCGUCGUCAUAGUUGAUGAUAACGUGAGAAGUUUCCCACUGACUCCAAGAAAUGCCAUUAAAGUUCCCCCCUUCGAGGUCGAUGACGCAACCGUGCAAAACUACAUGCAUGCGCUAAGCCAGACUAAAGAAGGUUCGAUCGACAUAGAAAACUUGGAUGAGAGGGUGCUCAAAUUUUUAAAAGCAGGAAUGAUGGAGAUUGAAAGGCUAGAGAAAGAUCGCGCUCUUCUAGAUAUCCUCCCUGUUCUUCGAGCGGUUGCCUCGGUUCCAUCAGACGGAAAUAUAAUAAAGGAGCUGGAUCAUUGGAGAGAUUUGGACUACGUAAGAUGCGAUGACUUUGCAGAAACCAUGAAUCCACGCACGGUCACGCGGCAACAGAUUCUCGGGACCGUUCUGUCAUCACGCAGGGAGGAGCCUAUUCAACCGCUUAAACAGCACUAUAUGAAUCAUAUCUUCGAAGAAGAAGCCAAUUCCAAGCUGAAAAUGAAAUCCAUGCGUAUCGAUUCUCGACUAUGAAUAUUAUCAUAUAAAAAAUGGUGUAAAAUCUUCGUGACAUGGAGAAAGGUAAAAUUGCCCAGUGCAGCAGUCGUGGACAAAUCGAUUCUCGAUUUUCCCUGUAUCGGUGCGAGAGAAUGUAUUGCGUCUCUUCUAUUUGCAGUUUUUAGGCUGGAUAAGUAUUCACUACCGAAAUCUCGCAAAGUAUGCAAAUCAGUAUCAUUUUGUAUAAAUAAUCAUCAAUGAAAA